AUGGAUCGCUAUGUCGAAGCUCCGGCUUUCGUUCCUUUGAUGGCCAAUACGCUCGGUACGGUGGCUACCUCUUCCGAUGAUUCAUCACGAAGCCAGCCACCGUUCGGAACUCGUCGCCAAGGAUCAGACGUUCUCUGCCCUGAAGCACUGCCAUCGCCUCUUCGGUCCUCGUUGAGCAUAGGGUGUGCGAGUCCAAGAGGUGGUAUGGACACCGACAUGAAGCAAAAGCAUGGAUGGCCGGCAUUCACAUUGCCAAACUCCUUGGAGCACCUCUACGCCGAGAAAGCAUAUCUGACGUGGUCACUGGAGAACCAAAGAGACCGAGAAGCGGGUCUUAUGAGGAAGUUAUCUAUGCUUCAGGAGAUGUUCGACGACGGGCUGGCUUCCGAUGAGCAGCGUCAGUCGAGGAAGAGGGCCGCUUUGCUGAAGAGCAGAAUCACGGAGGUCGCGGGACAAAAGUAG